UAAUUUUAUAACUUCAUUUGUAAAUCAAGCUUUAAUUUUCUACUUUACUACUAAUAUUUGCAUUGUUAGGUUGAUCAUGGAUUUUGGGAGCAUAACUGAGUUUUUAGCAAACAAAACUAUUUUAAUUACUGGUGCUACUGGCUUCAUUGCUAAGAUUCUUUUGGAGAAGAUACUUCGGGUUCAACCAAAUGUGAAUAAACUAUACCUUCUUAUAAGGGCUAGUGAUGCUCAAGCACUCGAAGCUCGGCUUCAAGAUGAGGUGUUAGGAAAGGAGUUGUUCAAAGUACUAAGAGAAAAAUGGGGAUCAAGUUUCGAGUCUUUCGUGUCGGACAAAAUAAGUGCAGUCGCCGGUGAUACUUCGUACGAGAACUUAGGACUUACUGAUGAUCAAGUGAAAGAAAUGUACAAUGAUAUAGAUAUUGUUAUCAACGUAGCUGCAACCACAAGAUUUGACGAAAGGUACGACAUUGCAUUGGGUGUGAAUACCCUUGGACCUAAGCAUGUUAUCGACUUUGCAAAGAAUUGUAUUAACAUAAAGUUGCUCAUCCAUGUAUCAACUGCAUAUGUGUGUGGAGAGAAAGCGGGUAUAAUAUCUGAAAAAGCACAUGCCAUGGGUGAAGCUUUAAAUGGUUUGGUUGGUUUGGAUAUUGAAAACGAGAAGAAGAUUGUUGCGGAAACUUUAAGCAAUCUUAAAGCCAAUGAUGUUCCUGAGAAGGUUAUUAGACAAACUAUGAAGAACUUGGGAAGUCAAAGGGCAAAGUUGUAUGGAUGGCCAAAUGCGUACGUAUUUACAAAAGCAAUGGGAGAGAUGCUUGUCGGGCAGCUUAGAGGCAGCUUAUCCGUGGUUAUCAUGAGGCCUACCAUUGUGUGUAGUACAUUGAAAGAACCAUUCUCGGGUUGGGUUGAAGGUUGCAGGACUAUUGAUAGUAUUGCUGUUAUGUAUGGAAAAGGAUACCUAAGUUUGUUUUCCGGUGAUGGUAGCUCGGUCUUGGACUUGAUACCGGCAGAUAUGUUUGUGAAUUCGAUUAUUGUGGCAAUGAAGACUCACAUAAAUCAAUCAAAUUUGACUGUAUACCAAGUAGGAAGCUCGUAUAGGAAUCCAAUAACUUUCGAUGAAGUGCAUGAUAUUCUUUUUCGCUACUUCACUAAAAAUCCAUGGACAAAUCGUGAUGGUAACCUUGUCAAGAUUAGGAGAGGUUUCGUGCUGAGCAACAUAUUCAUAUUUGAAAUCAUCUUCUCCUUAUUGCACUUUAUUGUGCAAAUGGCUUUAAUUUUGGCUAGUCGAAUGGGUGGUAGUAGCUUGCAACAUAGUUUGCUUAACUUCGACAAAAAGCUAAAAAUAGCAAUGAGGCUAGUGGAAUUAUACAAACCCUAUGUAUUUUUCAAGGGCAUUUUUGCAGAUACAAAUACGGAAAAGUUGCUUAUUACUGCCCGGGAAAAUGGUUUGGAUGAAGAUGCCUUCAACUUUGAUCCCUUAAGCGUCAACUGGAAAGAUUAUUUCUUCAAUAUCCACCUCCCAUCAAUUGUUAAGAGCUUAUUUUAGAACUACGUACGUUACGUUUGCUAGGCCAUCUUCUUAUUCUCGUUCGAAUUGAACAAACUCGUUACAUAAUUUUUAAUUGUUACAUGCUAAUUAUGUAUUUGAUUAAUUAUAAUUUCUAUUAUAGAUGUCAUAAUGGUUCAAUAAUGAUGUCUAUUUGUUUUUCAACGAAAAAUGUGAUGUUUAUUCUUUUAGAUUUGAUCUCUUGAAAGUUUGAACACAUUCUACAAACAUAUUGGAACUACGUAUAGUAGUUUAAAGGUUAUGAAAAUGACUCGUGUUAUUAUGUAAAAUGUUGUUAGAUCACU